AUGACAAUGCACAUCUAUGUUAAGAGUGGAGAGUGGAGAUUGUUUGACAAUCAUGAGUGGAGAUUUAUUAUUGAUGAAGACAAUCGUGGAAGACUACUAACUUUGGAAUCGAGUACAACACAUGAAGAAUUGAAGAUUAUGGUUUCGGAAGCCUAUGGAGUAGAGCCUAGUAUGGUUGAUAUGGAGCUAAGUGGUGUUGAGGAUGUUGGGAGCAAAGUCAUAUUGGAUUUGAAUAAAGAACCAGGGGUUUCAAGUGUUGAAGAUGGCGAUGGUAGACCGAAUGAAAACCUUUAUACAUUUGUGGGUACUGAUGAUGCCAAACGGAGGGAUGUUUUAGGGAAGAAAACAUCCGACGAAAACACCGGUUAUGGUGUUGGAACGUCGUUGAAAGGUGUGAGCAUAAGGAAGGGUCAAUAUUUCAAAAGCAAGGAAGUGUUACAAGCAACAAUGGAGUUGUAUGCUAUGAGGUACAACUGUGACUGCAGGGUUACAAAAUCUGAUACAGUAUUCUGGUGUAUACGCUGCAUAGAGGAUGUUUGCAAAUGGAGUCUUCGUGCUGAGUGUUUAAAUGGGUCUAUGUAUUUCAAGAUCAACAAGUUUGUGGGGGACCAUACUUGUGCUCCUUCGAAGAAGAAGAAAUUUUGUAGGACACCUUCAGCUAAAACAAUUGGACAUCUCAUUAUGCAGAAUUAUGAGGGUGUAUUGGAAGGGCCUAAACCGAAUGAUAUCAUUAAUAUUAUUCGUACAGAGUAUGGUUGUGAUUUAACUUACUCUCAGGCAUGGGAGUCUCGCGAGUAUGCAGUGAAUGAAGUUAGAGGAAUCCCUGAGAAGAGUUAUGGUAAAAUACCAAAAUACUUGUACAUGAUACAAGAAGCGAAUCCGGGUACCUAUACAAAUUAUGAAGUUGAUUGCGACAGUAGAUUCAAAUAUCUGUUUAUGUCUUUUGGUCAGUCAAUAAGAGGAUUUUACAAGGGAAUGAGGAAAGUUAUUGUGGUUGAUGGAACAUUUUUGAAGAACAAAUACAAAGGAGUUCUACUAGUUGCUACAGCACAACUAAAGGUUGUUAUUGGAGAUGAGAAAGAUUUAUCUUUCUUUUCAGAUAGGCAUGUGUCAAUUAGCAAAUCACUUGAUAAAAUCUAUCCAUUGUCUACUCAUGGUAUUUGCAUCCACCACUUGAUUGGUAAUGUUAUUACAUAUCACAAGGGAAGGGGUGUGGCUGAUUUGGUUUUAAGAGCGUCUAUAGCUUAUAGAGUUGCUGAGUUUCAAAAAAGUUUUGGAGACAUUUGCAACAUCAGUCCUGCGAUUGGAGAGUACCUAGAGGAUGCUGAGGUUAAAAAAUGGGCUCGAUGCCAUUUCCCUGGAUACAGAUAUGACCAGAACACAAACAAUGCUGCAGAGUCGAUCAAUUCAGCUUUGAGAUCACCUAGAGAGUAUCCAGUAAUCCCUUUACUAGACAGCAUCAGAGAGAUGUUAACACGCUGGUUUUUUGAGCGAAGAGAAUUAAGUGCCAAGCAGAAAGAUCCUUUAACUGUUAAGGUGGAGAAAAAGAUGUCAAGAAGAAUAGUGAAAGAUAAAUACUUUAAAAGUUAUCCGAUUGGAAGAAACAUAAUACAGGUCAAAGCGCAUGGGGUAGACUUUGUGGUUGACUUGGAGAGAAGGACAUGUACAUGUGGGAAGUUCUAA